UGUAGUACACUGUCCUUCCUUCUACCAAAUCUAAGCUUUGUUAAUGGUGCUUCAGAUCUGAAACUCCCCAAACACUGACUUCAUUUCAGCGUCGACCAAUCUAGCUUGUGGGAUUACAGAUUUAGGCUUUCUCAAGUCUCAACGACAAUGGCGUACUCCUUUCUCGACGAAGUGCUGGAACACGUGUUCUCGUUUCUCAGCUCCGACAAGGACCGGAACGCGGUCUCCUUGGUGUGCAAGUCGUGGUACGACAUCGAGAGGAUUUGCCGGAGGAGGGUGUUCGUCGGGAACUGUUACGCCGUCAGCCCUGAGAUCGUGAUCCGCCGAUUCCCGGAGGUCCGGGCGGUGGAGCUCAAGGGGAAGCCUCAUUUCGCGGAUUUCAAUCUGGUGCCUGAGGGUUGGGGAGGGUUUUUCCACCCCUGGGUGGAGGCAAUGGCGCCGGUUUACCCUUGGCUUGAGGAGAUUAGGUUAAAGCGAAUGGUUGUUACGGAUGAGACCUUGGAGUUGAUUUCUAGGUCUUUUAAGAACUUCAAGGUCCUUUCGCUCUCCAUUUGUGAGGGCUUCACUACUGAUGGCCUUGCUGCUAUUGCCGCCAAUUGCAGGAAUUUGAAAGAGCUAAACUUGAGGGAGAGUGAUGUUGAGGACCUGAGUGGGCAUUGGCUGAGUCAUUUCCCCGAUAACUGCACAUCUCUAGUGUCACUUGACAUUACUUGCUUGGGCUCUGAGGUGAGUUUCUCAGCACUUGAGCGCCUGGUUGCACGGUGUCCUAACCUGAGGACUCUUCGCCUCAACCGUGCUGUGCCACUUGAGAAGCUUCCCAACCUACUUCGGUGUACUCCCCAGUUGGUUGAGUUGGGUACAGGUGGCUACACUGCUGAGGUCCGCCCUGAUGUCUUGUCAAACCUGGCAGAUGCUUUUGCAGGCUGCAAGCAACUUAAAGGCUUGUCUGGGUUUUGGGACGUGGUUCCAGCUUACCUUCCAGCAAUGUAUUCAGUCUGCCCUGGAAUCACCUCUUUGAAUUUAAGCUAUGCUAUUAUUCAAAGCCCUGAUCUUAUCAAGCUUGUAAGCCAGUGUUGCAAUUUGCAACGGCUAUGGGUGAUGGAUUACAUUGAAGAUACAGGGCUUGAGGCCCUUGCUGCAUCUUGUAAGGACCUUCAAGAACUUAGGGUGUUUCCUUCUGACCCCUAUGCUGUUGAGGGAAAUGUAGAUUUAACAGAACAAGGCCUUGUUGCUGUUUCUAAGGGUUGCCCCAAACUGCAGUCAGUAUUAUACUUCUGCCGCCGAAUGACAAAUGCUGCACUGGCAACUAUUGCUCAGAAUAGUCCUAAUUUUAUCCGGUUUCGUCUUUGCAUAAUUGAGCCUCGGGCUCCUGAUUACCUGACCUGCGAAGCACUUGAUACUGGUUUUGGAGCCAUUGUAAAACACUGCAAAGAAUUGCGGCGACUUUCCCUCUCUGGCCUCCUCACUGAUCGGGUGUUUGAGUAUAUUGGGACUUACGCGAAGAAGUUAGAGAUGCUUUCUAUCGCCUUUGCUGGGGAUACUGACUUGGGCCUCAACCAUGUGCUGUCAGGUUGUGAAAGCCUCCGAAAGUUGGAGAUAAGAGACUGCCCAUUUGGGGAUGAUGCUCUCUUGGCCAACGCUGCAAAGCUGGAGACAAUGCGAUCCCUUUGGAUGUCUUCUUGUUCGGUGAGUUUCGGAGCAUGCAAGAUGCUAGCUAAGAAGAUGCCCGGGCUUAACGUUGAAGUUAUAGAUGAAAGUGACCCUCCAGGUUCAAGGCUGGAAAGCAUUCCUGUUGAGAGAUUAUACAUAUACCGAACAGUUUCAGGACCUAGGUCCGAUAAGCCUGCCUUCGUUUGGAUGAUGGAUAACGAUGCAACACCGAGGUGUUCUUGACAUUCUUCUUCUGCAGGGAGCAGGGAAAUUUGUAUUUUUCUUGGCAUUAAUUAGUAGUUCUUGUGGUGGUUGAAGUGCUGAAGAGAGGCUACUCUAGGCAUGAGGAGUUGAGAAGCCAUAUUAUUUUAGCCUUGGCUGAGGUAUUCCACAGAAAUUAGCAACUCCCCCAGACUAAAAGAGAUUAAACUCUUCAUAUUGCACUGUGUAUCAAUUGUUUUUUCUCCCAUUUCCUCUCCACAUCUCCCUAUGUGUUCUUGAUAGACUUGCAGAUCAGUUUCAGCUCUUUGCAGGGCCAAAUGCAGACUUGUGCUAUAAUGUAUUUCAUGAUUAAUAAAUUUUAUUGCCUUAUUACUCUCA